CCACACACCCUAGGGCGGUUCAUCAAGACCAUUCUCAUUACAUUGUCCAAGCUUCAAACAGUAGUGUUAGAUUUCGUAGAACAAUGUCACAAACAAAAAAACCAAAUUACCAAACUCACGUAGUACCAAAAAAACAAAAUUACUAACUCAUGUGGUCGUUACACAUCACUAUCUUUGUUCAAACAUUUCGCUGAACUUGUUGAAUACCAUUUCUUCACCUAAUUCUGUGCUGGUGUGCCUCACCUGCUCAACGAAAUUCCUCAACCAAAUCUUCCAGUCCUAACCCAAGUGUUUCUUUAAUCUUUUCCAUACACCUAUUAUAAAUUACUUUGAAUUGAACAGUUUUCCUGAUGAAAAUUGUAUUGCUUUGGUAACCCAUUGAUGGCUUUGAACGGUGUUGUUAAGCUGGGGAGUGUUGUUCCUCAACUGGGUUGGGGAGAAUUGAGUUUAAAGCCUUAUGGGUUUGUGUGUUGUCAGGUGAAAGGCAAGGAGGGAGUUCGUAAAUGGGAGUGUCUUAAUGGGUUUUUGAGUUUAUCAUCAACCCACCAGACAAUAAGAUCUGUGGAUGAUGAUGAGAAGUCGUCAAGUUCGGCUACUGAAUUGCAGAGGGUGGUUGAUCAGACAGAAGGAAAUGGCUCCAGGAGGUUGCAGAAUGAUUCAACUUCUCUUCCAAGACCACUAUCGGUAACUGAUUUUUCUGUUUCUCGAAAUGAUGGUACCAAGGUUCGGAUAUCAUUUAAGGGGCUACCAGGUGGCUACAGUGAGGAUGUUGCCCUCAAAACCUACCCUCACUGUGAAACUGUUCCUUGUGAUGAGUUUGAAGAUGCAUUCAAGGCUGUUGAACUCUGGUUGGCUGAUAAAGCUAUUCUUCCAAUUGAGAAUAGUUUAGGUGGAAGCAUCCAUCGCAAUUAUGAUUUACUCCUUCGUCAUAGACUGCAUAUUGUGGCUGAGGUUCAGUUGGCCAUUAGUCUCUGCCUUCUAGCACUACCAGGUGUCCGAACAGACCAGUUAAAACGUGUUCUGAGUCAUCCAAUGGCCCUUGCCCAAAGUGAUGCUUUCCUGAGUAAGUUAGGUGUUGCCAGAGAAAAUGUGGACGACCCAGCUGGUGCUGCUCAGUUUGUUGCCUUAAAUGGAUUGAGGGAUGCUGGUGUUGUUGCAAGUGUUCGAGCUGCAGAAAUUUAUGGGCUUAGUAUACUUGCUGAGAGAUUCCAGGAUGACUCUGAUAUUGUUACUCGUUACUUGGUACUUGCAAGGGAACCUAUAAUUCCAAGAGCUGAUAAGCCCUUUAAGACAAGCAUUGUAUUUACUUUGGAUGAAGGCCCUGGAGUGUUGUUUAAAGCCUUAUCAGUGUUUGCACUGAGGAACAUCAAUUUGACAAAGAUUGAAAGUCGACCACAAAGAAAGCGACCGUUAAGGGUGGUUGAUGACUCAAACACUGGAAGUGCCAAGUAUUUUGAUUACCUAUUCUAUAUUGAUUUUGAAGCUUCUAUGGCAGAGCCACGUGCACAAAGUGCUUUGGGACAUUUGCAGGAAUUGGCAACAUUUCUUCGUGUACUUGGUUGCUAUCCCAGGGAUACAGCUCAAUAGAUGUCUAUCUUGCUGUCGAUCUUAUCAUAUAAUUAUUUAUAUAUUUGUCCAGAAUUUGUUGCAGUGGCCUAUGUUCUCUGACUGGACAUGAAGUCUUCAAAAUUCCCAGAUUUGAUCGAUUACACAAUCCACCAUGUUUGAGACAUUUUCUGGAAUCCACAAUCCACCAUGUUUGAGACAUUUUCUGUAAGAAAAGUAUCAUUUAGUGGUCAACAACAAUUAAAUUCACAUUAUUAAACCUAAAUGUAGUCUAGGAACCAUAAUUGCUCGUGAGUUGAUUAUUGAGUGAUAACACACAUUGACUGUAUUAAAGAGAACUUCAGUUUCCACAUAUGACAUUGUUGGCGGGCCAAUUGUUGUUGUAACUUGUUGGCUCAGAUGAUUAACUUACUUUUGUCGUAUUAUUUUCAUUCAUGGCUGAUCAUUGUGCCACUCCCAGCGAUUCGAGAACGUUUGUCAGUAGUGUAAUGGCUGCAAUUGCUGUUUAUCAGAUCUUCAUAGUCAAAGACUCAUCUAA